AUGUCAUCAGUUAAAAAGCACAAACAAGAAUCGAAAAAUCAACGCAGUUUUCGUGAACGCCUUCGUAGUUUAGAAGAUAAGGCAAAAAUGUAUGAAAAAGCGUAUGUAGAUUCCCAGAAUGAGAAUAAAUUGUUAAAAGAGGAGGUUGAAAUAUUGAAGAGGCGCCUCUCUAGGUUUGAAAAAAGCAUUGGAUUUGAGGGUUCUAGUGCUGUUAGCACAACGAUAUACGCGGCCCAAAAUAUGAUUGAAGAAAGCCAAAUGAAUAAUCAAAUUCAUCAUGGUACUGAUGACGUUAUUAUAAAUGAUGAAACAAUCGAGACAAAUUAA